CUCCGCACACAUACACACACACACACACACACGCGCGCGCGCGCACACACAUCAGCCGACCACCGUUUUCAGCUCAGUCAAAUAUCUUUUAACAGCAUCACGUUGUGGGUGAAGACUGGCGCCGGAGCAACGCUGGAACCAUGCCUCUUCUGCAGAUUUGGACAGGGAAAUUUCAUCCGCCGAUUUGAUUGUCAGGAGGCUGCUGCUUCAGCCAUUCAUGCCAGUCUUUGCUGUUUUUUUGUUUCUCUUCCUUUUUCUCCCCCUCCUUCCCCCCAACCACCUCUCCCCCAGCCCCCUCAACUGGACUUGUCAUCACUUUUAAAAGUAUCCUAUAUGCUGUUCUUUUUUUAUUCGAGCAAAGAUGUCUGAUCUUCUGGUGUUGGUCGAGGGGCUCUGUGACCUGCACGGAUUUCCAUAGCUAAAGGAAAACAGCGGGGUCCAAACAGCAGAUUUCCCCCCCGCCCCCCCUUCCUUUUUUUCUUUUCUUUUUUUUUGUUUUUGUUUGUCCAUUAUAAUAACACUUUUAAAAAAAUCGCCUGCAUAGAUGUAGGCGAGUAAUUCGACUGAUAUUUUUUUUAAAGAAGGCAAUUUUUUUUUUUUUGGUUUGUUUGUUGUUGUUUUUUUUUUUUAAUUGCCUGUUUUAUUUUUUAGUUUGUGCGUUUUCGGGAGGACCACUGGACUGGUUGGAUUAUAGGAACUAUAAGGAUUCGUGGAGAUGUUGGGUCGUCAAGAAGAAAAAAUAUGUGGAAUUUUCUCUGGUUUGGUGGCUUUGUCCUUCCUAUGCUUUGUUCAAAGCUCCUCCAACGAAAGCACCGGAAUGUCUGUGGCCAAGACUACCGUGGACAAGUUGCUGAAGGGAUAUGAUAUCCGUCUGAGGCCUGAUUUUGGAGGUCCUCCAGUCAUCGUAGGGAUGAGCAUCAACAUAGCCAGUAUCGACUCCAUCUCAGAAGUAAACAUGGACUACACCAUCACAAUGUAUUUCCAGCAAAGCUGGAGAGACAAGCGUUUGGCCUACGGAGAGCUGAAACUAAACCUGACUUUGGACAACCGUGUAGCAGACCAGCUGUGGCUCCCUGAUACUUACUUCCUUAAUGACAAGAAAUCCUUUCUUCAUGGAGUGACGGUGAAAAACCGAAUGAUCCGACUGCACCCUGAUGGCACCGUCCUAUACGGACUAAGAAUAACAACUACUGCUGCCUGCAUGAUGGACUUGAGGAGAUACCCUCUGGAUGAACAGAACUGCACUCUCGAAAUUGAAAGCUAUGGAUAUACAACAGAUGACAUCGUAUUUUUUUGGGAAGGAGAUGACAAAGCUGUGACCGGGGUUAAAGAGUUGGAAUUACCUCAGUUCUCCAUUGUGGACGUCCGCCUGGUGUCCAGGGAGGUCAGGUUUACUACAGGUUCAUAUCCAAGGCUCUCAUUGAGUUUCAGGAUUAAGAGGAACAUAGGCUAUUUCAUCUUGCAGACGUAUAUGCCCUCCAUCUUGAUCACCAUCCUCUCCUGGGUCUCCUUCUGGAUCAAUUAUGAUGCCUCUGCAGCUCGCGUGGCCCUCGGUGUGACAACGGUGCUUACCAUGACCACGAUUAACACCCACCUUAGGGAGACCCUCCCAAAGAUUCCUUACGUGAAAGCCAUCGACGUCUACCUCAUGGGCUGUUUUGUGUUCGUGUUUCUGGCCCUGCUUGAAUAUGCCUUUGUAAAUUACGUGUUCUUUGGCCGGGGCCCUGCACAACAGAAGAAAAUCAAUGAGAGGCUGGGCAAAGUCAACAACGAGCGUACGAGAUAUGAAGAGAAGCGCCUGAGGGAACAGGACUCCAUUUCCGUGCCGUUUCAAACCAACACCUUCAGGUCAUUUACACAGCGAAGAAAUCUGUAUCUCGAGGAACAAAGAAAAGUUGGGGUGGACGCUUACGGGAACAUCCUCCUCACCACGCUGGACAUGAACAACGAGGUGAUGCCUUCCGACGUGGGGAGCAGCGUCAGUGACUCUCGGAAUUCCGUCAUGUCCUUCGACAGCUCCGGCGUCCAGUUUAGGAAGCCCAUGGCGCCCCGGGAUGGCUACGGCCACCACUCGCUGGACCGGAGCGCCAUGCGGAGCCGCGCCAACUGUCGGCUACGGCGACGCUCCUCCAAGCUCAAGUUGAAAAUCCCAAACCUGUCAGAUGUUAGCACCAUCGACAAGUGGUCCCGGGUCAUUUUCCCCAUCACCUUUGGAUUUUUCAACCUAAUCUACUGGUUGUACUAUGUGAAUUGAUGUGCAUCCCACUAGGAAUCAUGGGCCAUAUUUUGAGAGCACAUUAAAUUGGCUUUGAUACAGUUCCAAAAUAUGUAUACACAUAUACAAGUUGAACAUAUGUAUAUGCAUAUUUCCAUAUAUUAUAUUUAUAUAUACACAUGUGAAAUCCGAGGAACCUUUCUGCUGUACAAAGUAUUACUAGGAUGACUUGAAUGUUUAAGAAUACUUGUGCGAGAAGAAUUUCAACGCUUUUUUUGUUUGUUUUUUCUUCCUGAAACAAACAUGAGAUCCUCCCCACCAGGGGUUUUUCAGAACUAAAGACUGCAUGAUAUUUUUGCUAAAAAAAAAAACAAAACAAAAAGAAAAGUGAAAAAAAGCAAAAAGAAAGAGGGGAAGUGAAAGUUUUGGAGAGAGAGAAAAGAUGUCUCGAAGUCCCACUGACUUUUUAUUGAUACUUAUCGUACUCAGAAAUCCUCUUCUGCAGCUCGAGAAAUCAGCGGUGGCUCGCGCGUCCGGGCAUCGACUCACUGAAGUCCUUGGCGACACCUUUGGUCCCCGCCGCUGCCACCCCCACACCCUCUGCCGUUACCCCACAGGAGGACGACAUGCACGGAAACCUCUCAGUUUCUGCUAUGUACAGCAACCUUGUUUGGAUUAUGUGUUGUUCUUUGGCUUUUUUUUCCUGUUUUUAGAGUGAAUAUUGUUCACCUUAUUAGACAUCAACUCCGGCCAAAUGGUCCCCAUUCGGUUGGCGUAUGGAUAGGAUAUUUGACUGCUGCAUUUCCACCCAGAGUCAACUUGUAUUACUUUUACAUUCUCUUUUUUUUGUUGUUGUUGUUGUCUUUUUCUAUUUUAUUAGAAACACAUCCUCGGAGUGGUGGGAUGUAGGUGGGAUCGUGUUGAGGUUGCCGGUGGAGAAAGAGGUGGGGAUUUUUAAAAGUGUUUUUCAUUCUAGGUAAAAACAAACACUGCUUAUUGUAGAUAUGAUUUCAUCUUAACAAAAACUGUGAUUUCAGAGAGUCAGACCAUGUUCUAGGGGUUGGGCAUUAUGAGAUAAAAGAGUAAGAGGCGUGCAUUGCUGGUUCUGAUUGUUUGGGGGUGGAGGGGGGAAGACAUUCUGUACAUUUAAAUCAUUCAAUAUUCUCGCAAAGGUAUGCUUGUGGUUUUUUUUUUUCUUUCCUCCUAAUGAUUAGCUCACAUUCUCUUUAGAUGCAGAGUUCAUUGACAUCGAAUCCUGCUUUGUGUUUGCUAUGCAGGAACGGGAAGGGGAGUGAGAUGGGCUGCCUUUGUUGUUUGUGUGAAAUUAUUCCUAGGUGAAGAUGUGAGAUCAUGUAUAUUCAAAAAGAUCGACCAAAUCCUCAUUCAGAACAAUGGUAUAUCUUUGUUUGCUCAGCCUCUUUUUGGUUUUCCAGUCGGUGUGUGAAGGGAAGAAUAUUUCGGAUUCGUAUUGUACCGGGAAAGAGGCGUACGGAGGAGAGGGUUUUGUCGUUGUAGCCUUAUUCAACAGCCUCUCCAGAACUGCUGCUGCAAGAUCAGGAGGGAUUUAUUAUGUCAGAAAAAUAGCCAUGAAUUGAAUGAAAUGAUGACCAAAAGGCCUGUAUUUCAUGUUUUCCCCUUGAAAACACACACAUUGCAUUUCUAGUGCUGAUGUACCGACCAGGAGGGGUGCUGGUUAUGUUCAACAUUUCCGACCUUUGCAGUUUUGGUUUUGCAGUAUUCCAGAUUUUUGAUUAUUAAACAUUGCCAUUUACCUCAGAAUGUCUCCUACCGGGUGUGCAUCAGUUUACUCUUUCCAGUGGGAUCUUUCACACCUACUUUAGCAACUUAAAAUAAUUGUCUGUAUUUUACUCAUGGACUAUUAAAGGAAAAAUGUGAUACAAAUAACUAGCCAAAGGAGAUAACAUAGAGUAUUUGUGGUCACAUGCUGUCUAAGAUUAGAACCGUAGCCAGGUUCUCAAACAUCAGAUCUAUGAAACCUGGCUUUUUCUCCCCACCUAUAUAUCAGUCAUACACUUAUGCAUGAUCAGUAAAAAAAAAAAAAAAUCUGAGCCCUUGUGAAACAUUUAAACUACUUCCAGUCAGAAAAAAACCUGUUUGAAAAAUAAAACUAUAUUUUAUUGUAGCUGCUUAAAUAAUUGCAGCUACAAUAAAAAGAAAACUGAUGUUGCCAAGGUUCAAGAAUAGUGGUACAAAAUAGUUUGUUUACUGUGACAAAAUUUAGGUAAGACGGGACAAAAUGGGGGUUUCAGUUGGUGAAAGGGUGAACUGACGCUGCUGACUCGAGGACAGAAUUACUGCAGGAUAUUAUCGUGUGCCAAAUCAGACUUUACUGUGUGACAUUUCUUAUUAAUAUUUUUACAAAACAACACUUUUUUCACAUGUCACUUACUUCAGUUGAAAAGCUACAAAAGAAAUUGCAGUGGUGUUGAGCAUUUUGCCACAGUUAUAAAUAAAGAAUUAGAUGAAUUCCUUCCUGGGAGAGCAACAUAAAGAUGGAAGAGCUGCAAACAUAUCAGUUUGUCAUCAGAUAUAUGCUUUCUUCUCUGGAGCGGUGGGUAUCCAAAAGAUUUCUUCAAAAAGGAAAACUGAUCAGAAACCAAUGUGUCUACCUAAGUAAUAGUGAAGUUUGUACAGUGCUGUGACCAGCGGUGUAAUACAACUUUUAGUAUUUAUUUAUUUUUUGGAUGAAUUUUAUGCAGCAUUGUCAUAUUUUCAAGCAGCGUCUUUAAUUGUUGAAAUUUCCACCUUUGUGUCUGCAGUUAGGAAAUUGAGGUCAAACUUUUCAAAAGCGGGUGGCAAGAUAAAGAAAAAAUAAUAAUGAUACAAUGCUUUCUCCAAGCAAUAGAUGGGUAACACUGAAGGUUAGAUCCAAAUGUGUCCCGCUGAAAUUAAAUGAACUUGAAAACAGACUGUUUUAGCCCAAUGGAAGAUUUGCGAGCACUUUACGGAUUUUACACAACAAUCUAAUAUCCCGUGCUUAGCCGUAAACUUCUCACCGAGAAAUUUACAGCCACAACAAACCAGAGCCAUCGUUUAUUUAUUCCCUCCAUUCCUCUCGCUUGUUAAAUCUUUGCCCCUCUCCAGCAGUAAAACGCGACCCGCCGACAUCGCGUGGGGGCAUAAAAGCUUUACUUGGCCUCUUCCCACAUAUGCAGUAGUAGUCCCCGACACCUGUAAGCUUCCCCCUUUAACUCAUUGCUGACAUCCCUGUGACAUGUAUGCUGCAAUUCUUAACUUCUGCCUUACAGAAGUUGUCUUAUGGGAGAUGCUCCGCUGGCAUCACGACUAGAUGUGGCUCUCUUUUAGCCAGCUGUUUGUUGCAAUCAGAUCAACGAGUGAAAAGUGACUGCGUUGCCAGAGUGUUGAUCAUGUCAUAAUUGGUACACUUUAUAAAUUGUUAGAUGUCGGUAGUAAUUUUGACUUGAGGGUGUUUCAGAUGGGUACAUUUUUGUUACAGUAGUAACUAUGUCAACUGUUUUUUUUAUUAUUAUUUUGCAUAUUUCAAUGUUAAAUUGUUUAAAUUAAAAUACGACGGAUCUUUAUGAAAUUGCGCUUAGAUUCAGACUAUGUGGCCAGAGGAUUUUAUUUGUUCCACUGCAAACCAGGCAGAUGUUUCUGUGUUUAACUGCCUGCUAUGUGGUCUUAAUGAGAUGCACUUGCAGUAAUGCGUUUUUCUAAUGUAAGCUGACUCAAGUAUUAAACUCUUAUUCAGGUUGGUGUUAUUCCCAGAAAUGAAAGCCUGUUCAGGUAUUGUACUUUUUAGAUAGUAUACUAAACGCAUAUGGAGGGGAGAAAAAAAGAAGAAGAAAAAAAAAAACAUUCCCACUCUAAAUAUAUUCACUGUUCAUUUCAAACACCACAUGUACUACCAGCUUUCUGGACAUGAAAUUAGCACCUCCAUCCCAAAAGGCUGUGAGGACAUUCUGUUCUGAAACGUCUUCUUUCAGAUAUUUGCUUAUCUAGAGAGCUGUUUUCUUUUCCUUUGAACACUUAAGUUCAAUAAGUAGAGAAGGAGGAGGAAAAAAAAGUGUUGAACUGAUUUCAAUGUGAAUUUUCUUGCCUCUAGUGUAAAUGUGUAAUUACAUGUGAAUUGUACUGUAAAUAUGAUAUCUUUCACUUAAUAGUUCUUAAUGCAUGAACAAAAACAUGGCAGUUCUUAAUACCAGCUAGCCUCACUGCUAAUGGCAUGGACAGCUUUUCUAGCAUUGGCAUACUUCUGCAAACGAAACCUUAACAAAAAAGAAAAACGAGAAAAAACAAAUCUGAAAACACAAAAGAACACAUGGUGUGAACAAAAUAAUGGAGAAAUCAUGACAAAGUUCUCUCGCGGUGAUGGAGUUUCUGGCAGUUCAAAGGGAGCGCUAAUUCUAAAAGCUAAUAGGAAAGUGACGUUCUGGCGGUUAAGCUUUUUGCGUUUGUCCGUUUAAUGUGACCUGAAGUCUUUCAGGAGUUUUCAACACAGUCUACCCGCUGCACUUACCUCAGCCAUUCACAAACCACUUAGUCCACAAGUUCUCCCAAAAAAUAUGAUCAGCUAGCUAGCUUGCUAUGGCUAGAGGAGCAGGGUGGCCUUAAGAGGGCGAGUGGGAUGUUUUUUGCUUUUUUUUUUUCCUGUUCCUCACCAAGAAGGUCUAGAGUGCCCUUGAGCAAGGCACUUUACUAAUUGCCCAAGUGCAAAUGGUUGGAGUCUGUGGUGCAUUGUAGCAAACAUCUUUAGCUAUCCGAGAGCAAGGCUAGCAAAUCUGUGCUGGACUGUAGCAAACACUUUAGCCAAUUUAGAUCAUGGUUAGCAAACUGUAGCCUGGAGAAAUAAAUGAAGAAGUGUCCCUUUCUUCUGUAACAGCACAUACUGUAAGUCUCAAUAUGGACAGUUGGAAUACGCCUUUUCACUUACCUGAAGUGCGCUAACACCGUAUUACAUACGUCAAAUCACCAGAACAAAGCUAGGAGUCUCCAUACUGUCGGACGAAUUGUCGCUGGUGGAUUCAUUAUUUUGUCCUCACCUUGUAGGUUUUGUUUUGCAUGACCUGAGUUAAAAAAAAAAAAAAAAAA